UGACAGAAAUGUACGUCUCCGCCUUCUCCUCUGCUCCCUAUUCUCUCCUCCCUAUCCUCUCCGUCUCCCCCUUACCCCAAAAGUCUGUCUACAUUUACAUGCACCCUUGCGAUGCCCUGUGUGGAUGGACUAGAGCAGCUAGAGUCUGCAUAGGGCAUUCACUCGUUUAACCGCCCUGGCCUGCCUGCCUCCUACCUACACCACAUCCCAUUUGUUUCAGCCUGCUUCUCCCCUCCCCUACUUGCUCUUGCGACUUCAACUGGUCUCGACCGCCACAGCAGCAGCAACGACGUCGACAGUUUGGCUAUACAGUGGUUUCCGCAUGGACUAGCACAUGCGGAAAGACAUCCUCAUAAUUCCAUACUCUCCGGACUACUGUCGCUGCCGUUGCUGCUGCUGCUGCUGUCGCCACUAACACCACCACUACUACCACCAUAUCACUGCCAGUACCGCUACCACUACUACUGCUACCAGUUCUAUACCACUCUUUGUCUCUUCGUACAUCUCCCAACCCAACCCUGCGCAAGAUGCACUUUCACCUCUCUGUGAAGGCUAGUCUACCGAAACUAAUAAGAAAAGUAGCAUCGACUCUAUCGCCUAGACGCGCCGCAAAUAAUUCGACAGAGCCCCCCACGACUAACAUGGCGGACGGAGAGCCUGACUACAGCUCUCUGCCUCUGACGGAGAGAUGGGUGCAUAAAGUGUGGAAAGUCCGAAAGCAGGCCUACGAAGAGGCAGCCAAGCAGUUCGAGCUCACUCCCGACGAAUAUGACCCCGCCUUCCGGCCCUUCAACCAAGACCCGAGUCUCUGGAAAGGGGCCGUAGCAGAUUCCAAUGUGGCCGCCCAGUCCGAUGGCAUUGCCGCAUUCUGCGCAUUCCUCAAGUUCAACGGAAAAGAAGGUUGCGUGCGUUCGCGUGGUCACGUCAUCAACCCCAUCGUCGAGAAAGGUCUCGUGUCAACGAGGCCUGGCACUAAGGCUUCCUCGAUCGAAGCAUUAUUACUGCUCGUCGAGCUCGACGUCCCUGGUCCCGUCAUCGAGGACAUCCUCCCUGCUAUGUCCGCAAAGCAACCUAAAGUCAUCGCGGCCGCCCUCGCCGUGCUCACCACUAUAUUCCACAACUAUGGUUGCAAGACGGUCGACCCGAAACCAGUCCUCAAGAUCCUUCCGAAAGCAUUCGGUCACGCGGACAAGAACGUGCGAGCCGAGGCGACUAACCUAGCUGUCGAAUUCUACCGAUGGCUUAGGGAUGCGAUGAAACCCAUGUUUUGGGGCGAUCUUAAGCCGACGCAACAAUCCGACCUGGAAGCCCAGUUUGAAAAGGUAAAGGCAGAGCCGCCGCCGAAACAGGAACGAUAUUUGCGAUCACAGCAAGCAGCUAUGGCUCGAGCGCCUCCUCCGGGGGCCGAAGGGGAAGAGAUAGAGGAGGAGGAGGAGGUCGACGAACCGGCCGAAGUAGACGCAUUUGACCUUGCCGAACCCCAGGACGUUGCGUCGAAAAUCCCAAGCGAUUUCCACGACAACCUCGCCUCGUCAAAGUGGAAGGAUCGUAAAGAAGCGCUCGAAGCGCUCUAUGCCUUGGCUAACGUGCCGAGAAUCAAGGAUGGCGACUUUAACGAGAUCAACCGCGGUCUAGCUAAAUCUAUGAAAGAUGCCAACAUUGCCGUCGUCACCCAGGCGGCCCAGUGUAUCGAGGUACUCGCGAAGGGCCUUCGCAGGAGCUACGGCAAGCACCGGUCGACCGUGAUGGGGCCCAUCUUGGAACGCCUAAAGGAAAAAAAACAAACAGUCGCGGACGCUCUAGGCGCUGCCUUAGAUCAAGUGUUUUUAGCGACAAGUCUAACCGACUGUUUGGAGGAUAUCCUCUCGUCCCUCGGUCACAAGAAUCCGCAGGUCAAAGAGGGAACGAUGAAGUUUCUCGUCCGCUGUCUCAGAACGACUCGGGACGUCCCCAGCAAGCAAGAGGUCGCUAGCAUCGUCGAAGCUGCCAAGAAACUCCUCGCCGAAUCCAGCGAGGGCCUGAGGUCUGGCGGCGCCGAGGUUUUGGGUACGAUCAUGAAGAUCAUUGGCGAACGCGCCAUGAACCCCCACCUCGAAGGCUUAGACGACAUACGGAAAAAUAAAAUCAAGGAGUACUUCGACAAGGCCGAGGUCAAAGCUAAGGACAAGCCGAAGCCGCCCCCGGCCCCGGCCGCGCGUGGCCCCCCCGGCGGCCCCAAGAAGCUCGCUGGCGGCGGUGCUAAGAAGGGCGCCGGUACGAAGAAGACGGCAGCGCCGGCAGCUCAACCGCCGCCUGACUCUGCCCCCCGAGCCGCCCCCGGGGGCAAGCUCGGCAUGCCCAAGCCUUCCGGGCUAUCCGGAUUGAAGGCGCCGCAGAAGCGUGUUGGAGCGCCCGGGGUUGCCUCUCCACGAAGAGCGCCACCUGCCGCGGCUCCACCGCCUCUCGAAGAUGACGACGAGGAAUCUCUGCCAGCGUCGCCUCCCCCUAAACCCCGAGCGGGUAUCGGACGAGGUGGCCUUGCGGCGCGAUCGUUGGCAAAGCCUUCUGCCGCUCCCGCCGCGCCUUCUGCACCCGAACCACCCCCCUCGAGCGGGCUGGCUGUCAUGGAGCGUGCCGAGCUAGAGGAGCUACGGUCAGCUAACGAUCGGCUUCUCAAGGUUCUGGAUGAGAUGCGACAAGAUCGGGGCAAAUUGAUGUCAGAAAUACAAGAGCUGAAGAAUCAGAACGCCGGACUAAUCGAGGACCACACCCGAGACGUGCUCAGCAUCAAGGCUAAGGAGACGCAGCUGGUCAGGGCGAGAAGCGAUGCCGAAGCAGCCGAGCAGACCAAUGAGCGGCUGCGACGGGAGUUGGAACGCCUCAAGCGCGCACUUAGCAGGGCAGAGGGGCUCGGCGUCUCGAGUCCAGGCGUAACGAGCCCAACGCCAGAUGAGAUGGGCAUCUACCGGGACGGAGGGAACUACCCAGGUGCUAGGACGAGCCGGAUGAGCUUCGCUAGCAGCAUGUCUGAGGAGAAGGAAAACGGCGACGUGCCCCACAACUACCCCAGAAGUAAAUUGAGCCCGGAUCUACGGUACGGCAGCGGAUCUAGCGGGAGAGCCAGCCCCGCCCGCGGUUUUAGGAGCGCGGCGAUCGAAGAUGCAGUCGGCCACCAUAGCGGGAGAUCCGACACGAGCUCGACUGUUGGCGGCGGUGGCACUAGCGCUAAUGGCGUCGAGAGCUGGAAGAGGGCAGCGGAAGUGACGAGUCAGCUCAAGGCGAGGAUAGAGCAAAUGAAGGCCAGACAGGGACUGAACCGACCAUAGCGUUGGGCUUGCUCCGGUAGUCUUAUCAUCAGGGGAACGGCGUUAUCGGAAGAUGGGCCAGCCAGUUCGCCCAUUCAUGAGGGGUCAAGCUUAGGAAGGGGGGUCUGGAGGGAGGGAGGGUUUUUAACGUCUUGUCUUUUGAGAUGAUGUGCAUUUUCGUGGCGUCAAAAUCACAUACCCCGUGUCUGGUUUUAUUGUCUCUUUUUUUAUGCCUGCGUCGUCGGCCACCACCCGGGGAACGCUCGGAAAUCUUACUUUUAUGAUAAUUGUUUACUGUUAGACUUGACCGCUCUAGACUGGGAAAGGGGGCUCAGGAGGGACGCGGAUCGCGCGUGGGAAAAAAAAAAAAAAAAA